AAUAACUCCUUGCUGUUUUCUGGUUGCUCUGAGGGCUGGAUGCUGGCUGGGGGCUGUGUCCUUCAGCCUGCGUCCCAGGCGUGGGCGGCUCAGCCUCGGGCACUGCUGCCUUGAAGGCGCAGGUGGAUUUGCUGUGACUUCUGCUUGCUCCGCCCGGGCGGGUGGAUGCGGGGAGGGAGGAGAGGAUGCUCGCGGCCACUCAGCCGGCACCUCAUGGGUGACGAAGAACGGCUCUUCGUUAUCAUGCUCGGCAGCAGAGUGGUACGGAUGGACUGACUGCUGCUCUCCUUCCCAUCUGGACAUGGAUAAGCACGGCAUGUGUGGCUCUGGGGCCACCAGAAUUGGGAUCCCCAGGCCCCGAGUGGCAUUGGUGCCUGGCCGGCUGGCCAGCCUCGGCAGUACCAGAAAUUGCCCUUGCAAAAUGAGCCAGCUUCCUCCGAAGAGUUCUUUGGCAUCCCCAGUGUCAGAGGGCACGAAUUCCAGGGUAGAAUCUUUGGACAACUUGUCAAUGGACAGUUUUUGGCUGGAAGUAGAAAACAUUAAACAGAGCGCUGAAGCCGAGCAAGAGGAAUGCAGCCUUGCAGAUGUCAAAACACAAGAGGAGGGAGAAGCUGAAGCUGAGUGGCUCCAGGACGCUGGUCUGUCCGACCUCCUCGGGGACCGUGCCUCGGAAAACGAUAACAUCGUGCUGCUCUCCACCCUGACCAAGACCCAGGCUGCUGCUGUGCAGCGGCGCUUGGACACCUACUCCCGAUCUCGGAGGAGGAAGAACAAGCAUCCUGUGCGUGAUGUCCGGGACAUUUUUGGAGUGGUCAACUCUGAGGAGACAGCAGCAGAGAAAGAGGAGUCCAGCCCAGAUCAGUUGUGGCACAAUCUACGGACUUCAAAUGUACAGAACUGUAAGAAGGAAGUUUUUAAAGCAGAAACCCAGGAUUACUCCUGCACAGUUCGAAAUCCUGGAAAAGAGGAGGUGUUCAACAUGGAUGUUGCCUACUCGGAGCAAGCAGCUGUCCUGCUCAAGGGUUCAUUCCUGUCUGAAUCUAGGAGGUUGAAGGAUGGAAACGCCCUAACUAAAUUUAGGAUCCCCAAGGGUAGACUAGGAGUGACUAGGAUUGGAGAUCUAUCUGCUCAGGACAUGAAGAAGAUCCCCACACUGGCCCUUAUUGAACUAACAGCUCUCUGUGAUGUUCUGGGCUUCGAGCUGAAGAGAAACAAGGCAGCAAAACUGAAAACAGCAGAGAAAAGACUCUUCGGAGUUCCACUCAACACCCUGUUGGAAAAUGACCAAAAACUUCUCCCUAACACCAAGGUCCCCCUGUUACUCCAGGCACUGCUGUCCUGCUUGGAAAAGAGAGGACUUGAAACAGAGGGCAUUUUGAGAGUUUCUGGGUCCCAGACCAGAAUCAAGAGUCUGGAACAGAAGCUAGAAAGGGACUUCUAUACUGGCCUUUUCCGCUGGGAUGAAGUCCACCAGAAUGAUGUAUCUGGGCUACUGAAAAGAUUCAUAAGAGAGCUGCCAGCCCCGCUGCUGACAGCAGAGUACCUCCCUGCUUUUGCUGCUGUGCAAAAUAUUCCAGACCUGAAGCAAAGAUUGCAAGCUCUAAACCUCCUGAUCCUUAUUCUCCCGGAGCCCAACAGAAACACCCUAAAGGCUCUACUUGAAUUUCUCAGCAAAGUGGUUGCCAGGGAGAACAACAACAAAAUGAACCUCUGGAACGUUUCCACGGUCAUGGCCCCAAACCUCUUCAUGCACAAGGGGCUGCCAAACAAGAUCCCUGAAGGAAAGGAGAAACAGCUGGCAGAGGGGGCAGCUGAUGUCGUGCGGAUGAUGAUCCAUUACCAGGAUUUGCUCUGGACAGUUUCCUCUUUUCUGGUAGCUCAAGUGAGAAAGCUGAAUGAGAGCAAUAGCAAAAGGUACCAGUUCUGUGACAAGCGAAUUAAAAAUUUGUUGCGUAAGAUUCAUGCUGAUAAAGACAAAGUGGAAAAGAACCAGACAGAGCCUUCCAAGAUUGUGAAAGUCCAUGCCUCGCUUCUCCUGAAGGAUUCGCUAGAGGUGCAUUUGAACAAUGCAACCAGGGUUGCUGAUGUCUUGAGGCAGUUUCAGAAGAACCUGUGCCAGAAUGGUUGGAAUAUUGUCAACACUGUCAACCUCCUCAAGUGUAACAACUCAACGGAGUGCACAAGCUUGCUCCUGUAUGAAGUGGGAGGCAAUAUUGGUGAACAUUGCCUGGACCCAGACACUUACCUCUUAGACUUGUACCACAUCAAUCCCCAUGCUGAGUGGAUAAUUAAGCAAAACCCAUCUUGUCCUCGGAUGUUCUAAGGAAAGCAUGAGCAAAACAAAACGUUUGGUGGCAGUUUUUGGAAGACACGGAAAAGCUAUGGAGAUGUUCCUGGUAUAGUCACAGACUGGACAAUGCUUGUGUCUGAAGGAAAAAAAGCUUUAUUUACUACUUCCAUGGGGAGAGUACAUGAGCCUACAUGCUAACAGGGGUGUUGAUAACAAGCAGCCAUUAUUAUGUAGCAGAAUUUGCAGGGGGUAUAAUUACUUGUAAACAAAAUAGCCUCCCCAAAACAAACUCUGCAAACAAAGCUACAGUGACUGCGCAGCAAAGAUGGAACGUAAAAGGAGAAAUGUCUUCUUGAAGGUGGUAGAAGACAUCUGUUUCUUCUGGAUUUGCUUUCUUCUGAUCACGUCCACGUUUUGGAGGAGAGACAGUCAAAUGCUGUGGAGGUACUAAUGAGGUCCCUUUGGUAAGAUCUACUAUUGACUGUCGCGCAUCACCAGAAAAAGUUGUGAACCUGGGUUUCACUAACAUGAUGCUGUUAUUUUCUUUGAAAAGUGAAAAAGGAUGCUUCCAGAAAGGCCAGAUGGGAUCUGAAGCCAACAUCUAGCAUUUAAUGACUACAGUUAAAUACACAUAUGCAACACAAGAAAACUUUCCUUGGAAAAACGUAUGGGAUGGAGAGCAGCCUUUCAAGUGUACAGUUUGAAGGAGACAUGCCUGUCCCAUACAGUAAUGCAAAAUGUACAAGUUGCCACUGAUGAUGGGGAAAACAUACAUUUAUUUUGCUGGACAACCUAUAUCUCAAUGGAUAACCAAGGAAAUAUUCUGAAGUUAAUUUGAGGUUAGUAAUCUGACCUGGCCACAUGAACUAAACUUCCUUUUGGAAGACUCUGUAUGAACAUGUCUGGUUAAAAAAAACAAACACACAAUCGCAACCAAGAUGUGCAGUGGCUGAAAUAAGAGGUCCAUGCCUGUAUCUGGUCGCACAGUGGGUACCGAAUCGAGCCUUUACCGCUUUGACGGCACAUUUUCAUCCCACACAACAUGGUGUGGUCACUGUGGUCUGCGAAGACAAGGGUGGAGCAGAAGGCUCGCCCCUCGCGUCGCUGCGCCAUCGUCGUACACCCUCAGCUCAAACAAGACUGUGCUUGUGGAAGAGGAGUGCAGAAGUGUUGUUUUCCUUUCCAGUGAUGCUGAAAUACCUCAUGUGAGGGAACCUACUAUGCAGUUACAUGGGAUGGAACAUGCACUGUUUCUGAAAAUCCUGACAUCUUUUUUUAUAUACCCUUUUUAGACGCUGUUGGAUAUUUAUUCAUGUGGCAGAAGCAGGGCUGCCCUGCAAGUGUAUACUCAAAGUAUUUCAUUUGCCGAGUCCUAGCUGCACUAGUGACAAUCUCCAGUAUUAUUUCUUUUGUUUGACUGAAUUUGUUUCCAUUGCAGUCUGAACUUUUCCCUCCUCUGUUUUUUUUUUUUUUUCCCCCAGGCUGAUGUGUAGCUAUCCCUAUUCAUUAUCUCAAAGUCCUACUUGCUAUUUUAAGGGCACUUCAUUCUGUGGUUUGUCUGCGAGGUUAAAUCCUCUUGGUGGUUAAGAUCCUUGAGGAACAGGCGAGCCAUAGUCCGUAUCCUUUCUAACCUGUUGUGAAUACUGUGUGCAUGGUGCUGAUGUCUUGAAAUGAUGCAUAUAUUAGAGAGUCUGUCUGCUUUUCUUGGUUGAGAUGAUGCAGAGGCACUGACUGGUGGGAUCAUCUUCAUAGUUGUCUCUUUAAGAAGCUCUGAUAGAAAUUUGCAAAAGAAACCCCACCUCCCAACCCUAAUCCAGAACCUCGAUGUCAAGACUUCUUUAGGUGCCUCAGUUUUAUAGGGCUUAAACUGUGCCUAAAAGGGACUGAUUCUUAUCCUUGAGAUUGGGUGCUCUGUGUCUCUUGAAAUAUCAAGCUGCUUUAAAAUUGGGCAUUAAAAAUCAAAGGUACCUAUGCACUCGUCGCUCCUGGAAAUCUUCCUUGCAGUGAUGGAGCUUAGCAAAGAGCAAAUGCCAGAGAUGUCAUACUGUGAGAAAUACAUAAUUCGCAAAGGUAUUGGUGGGAGAGACAGAAGAACGUGUGACCGCUCAGAGUUGCUUUGCGAUCUAAAUUGCAUCCCUGCAAAUCAUAUCACGCUGCAGUUUUUCCACCCCUUAUAUACCGGAUGUUUUAUUAAACAUACUGGCUUCCAUACGUAUGAGGGGGAAAUGCUACAUCGCUUCUGUCAACAAAGCAGUCUUUUUCAUCAGCAAAUAAUGUGAAUCAGUGCUGUGAAAAACAAGGUUGGGGUGAGAUCUCAUGAGACAAAUAUCAGUUCUCAAAUAUGAAAGGAAACAUAAAAAAACCCAAAUCAUCUCUUUCCAGACGAUGAAUAUGCUUUUUUAUUUUUCUUUCCUAUCUUUGUACCAGUCACUGAUGUGCAACCUACUUCUGAAUGCUGGCUUUUAAUAACUAUUUUUACAAAUUAUGAAUUCUGUAUUUAAAAUUCAUUUAUUCAAUGAAACAAUAAAAAUCUAGUAAAAUC